GGCCCUGUCCCUCCUCACUGAAGUGCUCCCCGAGUCCGGGCUUAUUCCCGUUCGCGGUCGCUUCCUGCGUGCCCAGCCUUUCCGAUUUCAUGGCGUUUCGUUUCGGGAGAGGCCGAAGAGGCCAGUUUAAACAUAUAGCUCAUGGCCUGAUCCCUGCAGCUACCAUAGCUCCUAAACCUGCUGUUCCCCGCACCCCUCCCCCUCGUAGUCCAAACCCUUCUCCAGAAAGGCCAAGAUCAGCUCUAGCUGCAGCUAUUCUUGUGACGACACUAGCAGGGCGAACUGUUGCCCUCCCACAACCUCGCCAGCGAUCACUUUCAGAAAGCGAUGCCUCCUAUUUGCAAAAUCAAGAAAGUUAUAUUGAGCCGUAUGCCACAGUUACUGAGCUCCGAAUGGGUCCAAACUGGAAGAGUUACAGUGACGAAAAAAGUGCUGUGCAGUCUGUGGAUGUUUCUGGCAGUUUAUGUGAAGAUGAAGACAUGGAUACGUUUGCCUCAGACACAGAAAAGGAAACAGAUCCUAAUAAUGAGGCUAUAAAUCAAGAAGAAAGUGUUGGUAGUGAGGCUGUCUAUGCUGUUCCACACAAAAUUAAAAAGGGAAAUCUCCCAGUAUCUUCAAGUACUGAAGUGGAGGAAGAUGAACCCCAUGAUUCUCGGCUUGUUCAUCCGAAUAUUAUUGUGGAAGAAAUUGAAUCUUCUGUAGAGCAUUGUAAGGUUGAAAAAGCUGAAGAACCAUUGAUUGAAAAGCCUCCUCCUAGUCCAGAUGUGAUAGUGCGUAAAAGGCAGGGGCAGAUGGAUCUUGCUAGAGAGAAGGUCCAGAAACUGAAAGAAGAAAAUUGGCAUUUGAACAAUGCAAGUCAGACCCUGCUUUCUGAACUUGGGGAGAUGAAGCCGCAGAUGAAGGAACUUCAACUAAAAGUUAAGAAAUUGGAAAAAGAAAAUGCAAGGCUUAAAGAAGUUGAAAUUGCAAAGCUUAAAGAAAAUGAACAGAAUUCACAUAAGGAAGAGGAACUAGCGGAAUUGCUUUUAUUAAGACAGCAGGCCCAGGAAUUGGUAGAUGAAAAUGAUAGUUUGAAAAUGACCGUCCAUCGUUUAAAUGUGGAACUGAGUCGCUACCAGUCUAAAUACAGACCAAUUUCAUCAAAUGAGGGUAUGAAAAUUGGAAGUCUUCCAGGGAAAGGGCCACCACCUCCAUGGCUGCUUGAUAUGAAAUAUUUAUCUCCUCUCCUAUUGGCGUAUGAAGACAGAAUGAGAGAAAAGGAAGAUCUGAUUCUUGCACAUGAGGAGGAUAUGAAGAAUUUUAAAGCGCGAGUCGAAGAGGUGGUAAAGGAAAAUGAACGGUUACACCAGGAACUAUGUAAAUGCAGUUCUGUUUCAACCAAAGAAUGGCAACAGCUGAAGAGCCAAGCCAAGCUCAUCCUAGAAGAGAAUGCAGUAUUGAUGGAGCAGCUUAAAAUUCAGCAAGCGAAAGCAAAAGAUAACCACAACCAGCAUGUCCAAGACGUUUCCAAAUUAACAGAAAAGCUGAUGGCUUCGGAAGCCAAGAAACAGAGCCAAGAAGAGGAGAUAAGAAUGUGUCAGAAGCAGCUGGAAGAACUACAGUCUACAAUCAAAGGGCUAAAAGCCAGCUUUAAAGACUGUAUAACCAUGGAGGAGCAUGUGGCUUUGAUAAAUCGGGUUAAAAGGCGAUCACAGAAGAAAAUAGUUUUUCUGAUAAAGCAGUGGGAAGAAACAAUGGAAAAGGAAGAGGAAGCAUAUAAACAUCUGGGAAAUCUGGUAAUCUUGGCAGAGAAUGGAAUUAAAGACCGUGACCGUCUUUUAACCUUGACCAGUUGCUUGGAAAAAAAGAACCAGGAUUUUAUCAAUGAAAUAAUAGAAGGAGGUGUACGUCUAGGAAGUAUAGAAGAGAAAGUAAAGGGGUAUAAGAAGACAGUUGCUGAGAGGCUUGAAGAUUUCGCUCUCAAAGUGACUGAACAUGAGAAGGAAUUUGCUGGGAAGGCUGCUCAGUACCAGCGAGAAAUAAGGCACCUCCAGUGGCUGCUGCAAGACAGACAGGAAACCCUCGACCAAGUGCUGCAGCAAAAAAAGGAAGUGGAAAGUGAACUUGAAAUAAUUUGGGAAUCAACCACCAAAGAAAACAGGAAGAUGAAGGAACUCUUGCAUAAAUCUCUGGAGAAGAGCCGGCAGAGCCCUGUCAGAGCUUAUGAAUCACAUUUGGCUGACAUUUCUCAGAAAGACCUGCUUGGUGGGUACGGUUUUAGCUACUGCGAUGUGGAGCUUUCCUCACCUGCUAAAAGCCAGAGCCAGCAGGAACCUGUGUGUUAA